AGUAACGGACACACGGCCUCUGUGGUUUCAGCACCUUCAACACAGCGACUAUCUCUACUACCUUCACAUUACAGCGUUUACUAUGGACGAAGACUCCGCAAUGAAAGAGUCAAAAAGACGAGAGCGUCAACAAGGUCCAAGCACGCAUGAUUUUCUUGAUGAUGAAGCCUUGGAGAAUGCGGACACGAGCAUUGGCUUGUGUGGCUGGCUGUUGGUGGCGUUCUCCAUCCUUCUCAUGCUGGUUACCCUGCCCAUCUCCAUAUGGAUGUGCAUCAAGAUUGUGAAGGAGUACGAGCGAGCCAUUAUCUUCCGCCUGGGGCGCCUUUUACGAGGAGGAGCCAAAGGACCAGGGCUGUUCUUCAUCUUGCCGUGCACCGACAGCUUUAUUAACGUGGACAUGCGCACCAUCACCUUCGACAUCCCGCCGCAAGAGGUUUUGACCAAAGACUCUGUGACAGUGAGCGUGGACGGCGUGGUGUACUACCGGGUCCAGAAUGCUACUCUGGCUGUGGCUAACAUCACUAACGCAGAUGCCGCCACCCGCUUGUUGGCCCAGACCACCCUGAGGAAUGUCCUGGGUACCAAAAACCUGGCAGAGAUCCUGUCUGACCGCGAAGAAAUUGCACACAGCAUGCAGUCCACUCUGGAUGAUGCUACAGAUGACUGGGGCAUCAAGGUGGAGCGAGUGGAGAUCAAAGACGUCAAGCUGCCCCUUCAGCUCCAGAGAGCCAUGGCGGCUGAGGCUGAAGCCACCCGCGAGGCCAGAGCCAAGGUCAUAGCUGCAGAGGGUGAGAUGAAUGCAUCGCGGGCCCUGAAGGAGGCCUCCCUGGUCAUUGCUGAGUCUCCGUCAGCCCUGCAGCUGCGCUACCUUCAGACCCUCAACACCAUCGCCGCUGAGAAAAACUCCACCAUCAUCUUCCCGCUGCCGCUGGAGAUGAUGCAGGGGUUCAUCAAACACUGAAGAGGAGACCCAUCAUUCACAUAUAUCACCUAACACAAACACACACACAUGCAUAGA